UUACAUUUCCUCAUUAGGCACCAAAAACAGACAAACCAGUUUUUGUGUCUGCACUCUCACUUCACUACAAUACAUACACACACCCUUCACUUCUGUCAGAGCCAAGACAAUGUGUGAGUUUCAGGCACAAACAUUGUUCCAUUCUCUCCCCCUUUCUCUUUUUCUGUCUCAGACAACCAAUGGCGCUUUCAAACUUUCAACUUGAAGGAGUUUUCACUUCACCGUCUCUUCUUUCAGCUACCCUUUGCUGCACAAAAGCUCUCAGAUAAGUUCAAAUGUUAUGGUCUUAGUUGAAGCAAGGAAAAGCCUGGAGAACCUAUAGCUUCAGUUCAAAACAUGGUAGGAUAUAGAUAUUGACUGCUUUCUGAGUUCACUCCUACAAUGAAAUCAGGUUUCAAAAAUGGUUGGCCCUCUGUUGUGCGUCUUCGUCUUAGAGACAAAUCAGUGACCCCCUUCUGCAUAUUCUCUAAAGUGAAAUCAGCCGGCAACAUACCAGGGAAUACACCUGUCUAUCUCAAUGUCUAUGACUUGACAACAGUAAAUGGUUAUAUGUAUUGGGCUGGCCUUGGUAUUUUCCACUCUGGUGUUGAAGUUUAUGGAGUAGAAUAUGCAUUUGGAGCCCAUGACUAUCCAACAAGUGGUGUCUUUGAGGUUGAACCUCGGCAGUGUCCUGGCUUUAAGUUUAGGAAGUCCGUAUUCAUGGGAACUACUAAUUUAGAUCCCUUCCAGAUUAGAGAGUUCAUGGAACGUCAGUCUGCAAAUUACAAUGGUGAUACUUAUCAUUUGAUUGUCAAGAAUUGCAACCAUUUCUGUGAGGAUAUUUGCUACAAGCUAACAGGAACUUCUAUACCAAAAUGGGUCAAUCGUCUGGCAAGAAUAGGUUCCUUCUGCAACUGCAUACUCCCUGAUGCUCUUAAAACUUCCACUGUUGAGCAUGAUCCAAACUUUCAAGGGUGUGAUAGUGAGAAAAGAAGACUGAGAACUGCUUUCAGUUGCUUGUCAUCAAUCUCAAUGCCUCAUAAGGAAGUUUCAAUGUCUUCAUUAUUUAUGCACUCUCACUAUAAAGGGUGCCUGCCACCAUGGGAGUUAAAGAAGUCUAAAAAGGGAAGACUAAAGCAAAAGUUAGAAGACCAAUUCACUUCUCAGUAACUCUUCUCUUUGCUGAAUUUUAUAUACUGUUCUACUUUCUCAUUUUUAUUCAAGAUGAGACUUAGACUCACAUUUGAAUUUUCAACAUGACUUUCUGGUAACUCAUUUACUGGAAAGAAAUUAUUGUUACUGCUUUCAGUUAUCUGUGCAAGUGCACUUCCUCAAGUGCAAAAUUUUCUGUUCAUAUUCAUUUUGAAUGUUCAAGCUCAUGCCUCUUUGUUGCUUCUUUUUUC